AUGGUCCUGCUUACCAUGAUUAGCCGGGUCCAAGACGGGCUUCUCCUGGCAGCUUCUAUGCAAGAAACGGAGCAGGUAAGAGGAAGCAGGAACCCAGGAGUCCGAGGCUUCCAGGGCAUCUCCGCCCCCCACCCCCUCAGCCGACCCUCUCCAGCUCUAACCACUAGGAAAUCCUUUCCUCUCAAGGGUCACGUUUCAGAUUUCCCCUACUUCUUACUUGCACCUGGUUUUGUUCUAAGUGGGAAACUUAGCCAGAUGGGCGGGGUGUAAAUAAUAUAUUAUUAUUAUUACUAUGGGGGGGGGGGGAGUGAACUUUCAAACCCGGUUUCAGAGGUGAUUUAGGUAGGGGUUAUGACAUUAGCGCACAUGGAGUUGGGGGUGUUAAACAAAUAAAUAAAUAGCACCAAACGUCACAGGGCGUCUGUUUGAAGGCUGCAAUCCUGUACACACAUCCGCAAGGAAACUCAGUUGAAAAACAAUGAGACACCUUUCUGAGUAGAAAUAAUAAUAAUAAUAAUAAUAAUAAUAAUAAUAAUAAAAUGUAUAGCAGGGGUGAAUAAAUAAAUAAAUAAUAGUAAGGUGGUGCCCUGAUUUGGAAUGCUCAGUGGUGAAGCAUCUGCUUUGCUUGCAGAAAUUCCCGGGUUCAAUCCUGACAUUUCCAGGUACAGUUAGGGGAGGCCUCACUCUGGAACCCCGGAGUGCUGCUUCCGGCCAGUGUUGACAGUACUGAGCAAGGUGGGCCAGUGGUCUGACUCACUAUAAGGCAGCUUGCUACGUUACAGAUCUACCCUUCCCGCCACUGGGAAAAGGAAGAAUAAAUCUCUCUCCUGCCUCCCAGCUGAUGUGUGGGGCAGAUGAGUGUGCCCACUUUUGGCCCCGCCCUCUGCUGGCAUGUGGCCCCCAAAGGUUUGGCUGAGGGUAAACGCGGCCCUUGAUGCAAAAAGGGCUGCUCCAGCGUAUAGGAGACCACUUCAAGUGUACUUUGUAUUGUAAGCUAAUUUUGUAUUUUCCUGGCACUACACACACUCAUAUACAGAACCAGCUUUAGGCAGGUGAACCAUAACUGCUAAAGAGAGCUUCCUGGCUCAGAGGCAGUUUAUCUUUGAAUACCAGAACUUGGGAGCAGAUCACAAGGGUCCUUCAGAAGCUAACAAAAAUGGGCAGCUAACUAGGGACGCAGAUGGCGCUGUGGGUUAAACCACAGAGCCUAGGGCUUGCUGAUCAGAAGGUCGGUGGUUCGAAUCCCCACGACAGGCUGAGCUCCCGUUGCUCGGUUCCUGCUCCUGCCAACCUAGCAGUUCGAAAGCAUGUCAAAGUGCAAGUAAAUAAAUAGGCACCGCUCUGGCAAGAAGUUAAAUGGCCUUUUCGUGCGCUGCUCUGGUUCGCUAGAAGCAGCUUAGUCAUGCUGGCCACAUGACCCGGAAGUUGUACACCCACUCCCUUGGUCAAUAAAGCGAGAUGAGUGCCGCAACCCCAGAGUCGGCCACAACUGGACGUAAUGGUCAGGGGUCCCUUUACCUUUAACUGGCAAGUGAUGAAAACAAGUUGCUGGACUAGAUUAUCCAGCAAGACUGUUAUUCUUUUCACUUUUCACUCUCCACCCCCAUCGUUCUACCCGGACACUGAGGUCCAGCGCCGAGGGCCUUCUGGUGGUUUCCUCACUGCAAGAAGCCAAGUUACAGGGAACCAGGCAGAGGGCCUUCUCGGUGGUGGCACCUGCCCUGUGAAACGCCCUCCCACCAGAUGUCAAAGAGAAAAACAACUACCAGUCUUUUAGAAGGCACUUGAAGGCAGCCCUGUUUAGGGAAGCUUUUAAUGUUUGAUGUAUUACAGUAUUUUAAUAUUUUUUUGGAAGCCGCCAGAGUGGCUGGGGCAGCCCAGCCAGAUGGGCGGGGUAUAAAUAAUAAAUUAUUAUUGUUAUUAUUAUUAUUAUUAUUAUUAUUACUAAACGGACUUAGGCAAUCCAAUGUGUGCCCUCAGGCUCCCAUCUUUAGUAUUCAGGCAAUAAUGCCAGCCUGCCAUGCAAAGCUGUUGUAGGAUUAUGUGUGCUGUAACAAUCCUCUAACGAUGCCUAAUAAUGUAAUUGCCUUCCUCUCUUCCUGAGGGAGCCCAGAAGUCUUGGGAUCAUAGAGAUUCUUCCCACCCCACAACCAGCUGUAACCGGUCCCCUUCCCAGAAUUUUGAUUUAAGCUCCUUGGCUGGUGCAAGAAAUUUUGCUGCCGGAGGUGAAUUAUUAUUGCGGUGUUAUAAGUAUAAUCAUUUGAUUUGUUUCCCACCCUUCACCCUAAUGCCCCAAGGGCACAUCACAACAGUUUCAAACGCAACAUUAAAAACCAUUUAAAACAAAUUGCAGCCGCAGGAACAGGGUGGGUUGUAAAAUAUAUAUUUCUUGAGUAUCCAAGACCAGGGUAAAAAGAAGAUUGGCUGAAUCAGGCCAGCGGCCUACCCUGGUCUGGCAUCCUGUUCGCAGAGUGUUCACAGAUGCCUUUUUUCUGGGAAGCUCAACAGCAGGACCGUCAGAGAGCGACACCACCAGUCUUCCUACCUGUAGCUCUCAGAAACUGAUAUUCAGAGGAAUAUUCAGCCCCCGACAGGGGAGGGAAAACAUAGUCUCCGAUAGCCUUAUCCCCUUGGUGUUAGUCCCAAUUAUUUCCUCUGCAGUCGAACCGGAACUUCCAAGAAUAUCACAGCCAAGCGAAGCAACUUUUCCGGAAGCUCGGGGAGCAUUCGCCGAACCGCUGUUCCUUGCAGGCUGGGGCGAUGACUUUCCAGUAAGUGUUUCUCAGAAAUAAGGAGGGAGCUUGGUAUUAAAAGGUCAUCUCUUUUGAGAACCUGCGAACUGUUAAAAGAUGCUAUAACAGUGCUGGGAUUGACAGGGCAGUAGGCCUAGAGCAGGGGGUGGGGGGAUCUGGCUCCUUCCGGAUGUUAUUCAUAGAAGUAUCUUAGAAUUAGGGACACGGGUGGCGCUGUGGGUUAAACCACAGAGCCUAGGACUUGCCGAUCAGAAGGUCGGUGGUUUGAAUCCCCGCGACGGGGUGAGCUCCCGUUGCUCGGUCCCUGCUCCUGCCAACCUAGCAGUUCAAAAGCACGUCAAAAGUGCAAGUAGAUAAAUAGGUACCGCUCCGGCGGGAACGUAGACGGUGUUUCCGUGCACUGCUCUGGUUCACCAGAAGCGGCUUAGUCAUGCUGGCCACAUGACCCGAAAGCUGUACGCUGGUUCCCUCGGCCAAUAAAGCGAGAUGAGCGUCACAACCCCAGAGUCGGUCACAACUGGACCUAAUGGCCAGGGGUCCCUUUACCUUUAUAUCUUAGAAUUAUAGAGUUGGAAGGGGACCCUGAGGGUCAUCUAGUCCAACCCCUGCAAUGCAGGAAUCUUUUGCCCAAGGUAGCUCCUGCUUGGCAGGGGGUUGGGAAUCUUUUGCCCAAGGUAGCUCCUGCUUGGCAGGGGGUUGGACUCGAUGGCCCUUGUGGUCUCUUCCAACUCUAUGAUUCUAUGAUUCUAUGAUCCCUGGCCAUCGGCCAUGCUGGCUGGGGCUGAUGUCUGCUGGAGUCCAACAACAGCUGGCAGGUUGCAGGUUCCCCCACCCCUGCUGUGGAUGUGUGUUUCUCGCUUAGAGUGCCGGGGGCCCUGUGUUCGAAUCCUGAAUGUGAAACCUGCCUGGACUGGGGGAAGCUACAAUUGAGAGAAGUUGGAGGGGCCCCAGCUUAGAGAUAGAGCAUGUUCUUUGCAUGCAGAAGGUCCAAUCUCUUUGCUUGUCUAGAUUAAAAAAGCAUUCUUAGGCAGCAGGGCUAGUAAAUGCCUCUUUCUUCAAUGGGGAAGAGCUGCUGCCAAUCAUAUUUCACAACACUGAACUAGAUGGACCAAUGGUGAGACUCGGUAUAAGGCAGCUCCACAUGACACCCGGCUGCUGCUUCUAAACCACCUUCACCGAAAUAACAACAUGCAUGGUCGCCUGUGUUCCCAAUUGGGAGACGAUGGUUCCUUUAUUCAUGCAAGCUAUCCCAACGUUGUAAAUUAUUUGCAUUAUUUUACUAGUGCGGUUGCGCUGCUACAAAUUCCUAGGGUCUAGAAACUUGCUUGUGAGGCUGUUUGUGCUCGCUUGAAAGAGCCGGAUCACGAUUUCCCUUCCUCUUUGCUUCUGUGCCUUCUUCCUCCUCUGCAGCUACCUGAUCAGCCAGGGCAUUUGCUACCUGACGCUGUGCGAAGCCGCUUACUCCAAAAAGCUGGCCUUCACCUUCCUGGAGGAGCUGCAAGCCGAAUUCUGGGAGCUGUACGGGAAGAAGGUGUCCUCCGUGUCACGGCCGUACGCCUUCAUCGAGUUUGGUGCGUACUAACUCGGGGAGCCUCUCCAGCCCAGCCCCACCAGCCUUCUAGUCCUCAUUGUCUAAACCAAGUUUGGCAACUCAAAACUCCUGCCUGCCUUGCAAGCAGAAGACCUUAGGUUCAGUCCUGGUAGCUAUUGGAUGUGGAGUGUACUUUUAUUUACCGUGUUUUUCGUUCUAUAGGACGCACAUUUCCCCCUCCAAAAAUUAAGGGGAAAUGUGUGUGCGUCCUAUAGAGCGAAUGCAGGCUGCGCCGCUAAGCCCAAAGCCAGAACAGGAAGACGGAGCACUGCGGAGCGCUCCGUCUCGCUGCUCUAGCUUGGGGACGGCUGCGCGCAAACCUCUGCAGGGCAGUGGGGUCCCUUCACCCCGCUGUCCUGCAGAAGCUAGCAAGGCUGUUCCCAAGCCAGAACAGCGAGACGGAGGGCUCCGUCUCACUGCUCUAGCUUGCACGCAAACCUCUCCAGGGCAGCGGGGUGCCUUCACCCCGCUGUCCUGCAGAAGCUAGCAAGGCUGUUCCCAAGCCAGAACAGCGAGACGGAGGGCUCCGUCUCGCUGCUCUAGCUUGGGGACGGCUGCGCGCAAACCUCUGCAGGGCAGUGGGGUCCCUUCACCCCGCUGUCCUGCAGAAGCUAGCAAGGCUGUUCCCAAGCCAGAACAGCGAGACGGAGCGCUCCGUCUCGCUGCUCUAGCUUGGGGACGGCUGCGCGCAAACCUCUGCAGGGCAGUGGGGUCCCUUCACCCCGCUGUCCUGCAGAAGCUAGCAAGGCUGUUCCCAAGCCAGAACAGCGAGACGGAGGGCUCCGUCCCGCUGCUCUAGCUUGGGGACGGCUGCGCGCAAACCUCUGCAGGGCAGUGGGGUCCCUUCACCCCGCUGUCCUGCAGAAGCUAGCAAGGCUGUUCCCAAGCCAGAACAGCGAGACGGAGGGCUCCGUCUCGCUGCUCUAGCUUGGGGAGGGCUGCGCGCAAACCUGUGCAGGGCAGCGGGGCACUGCGCUCCAAAGGCUUCAGGGAUCUUUGAGGCUGGCGGUGGGGGAAAGCAGCGCUUCCCCCCACCGCCAGCCCCACAAGCUCUGGUGAAUGUACCUUGAACGCACCUUGUUUUAGAGGGGGAGUACAAGAAAAAAAAUCUUUUCCCUGUUCUCCCGCUCCUAUGAUCCGGUGCGUCCAAUGGAGCGAAAAAUACGGUAUUUGUCUAGAAGAGAAGUGGACAACAUCCAGGUUUCUUUUUUUGGGUGGGUGGGGGGCGAGAGCUAAUUUGCCUGCUCCCUCGGGCCAAUUUUUCUGACCCCCUGCAAAACUUGGAAUAAAAAUAAAAGCAGACCCACAUUCACUUUGGGCCACGUGUACACACCACAGCAGCAUGGAGUAGCGGCCAGAAUGCUGGCCUAGGACCUGGGAGAGCAGGGUUCAAAUCCUCACCCAGUCAUGAAGACCACUGGGUGAGCUUUGACCAGUGUUGUUACACAGAUAAAAUGGAUGGGGGGGGGGACUGUAAGCACUACCUUGAAGUCCUUAGAAAAAGAUCAGGAUACCAGUGCAAAAAAAACCAAACCACUGGGCGAGUGGCCUCAAAAGGCGAGUCCCUGUGGCCUAGUAGUAGUUCAUCUCAGAUGUUGCCAAUCCACGAAACCCUCCUAUAUUUUUUUAAAAGACCUCUAUAUCCAGAAGCUGAAGAAAUCCUACCUGGACACCUGGUCCAAGCGCCACCUGAGCAGCAUCAACAUGGAGCUACAGGAUGUUCAGAAGAUUAUGGUGACCAACAUUGAAGAGGUGCUCCAACGUGGAGAGGCCUUAUCAGGUAUGGGGAAAGGGGGUUUGGGAUCAGUGCUGCGUGUCGUAUGGGAAGUCACAGAGCAAAAUCUCACUUCUGUCUAAUUUGGGGACUGGGGUGGAUGCGAGGAUAUUGCAUCCCCUGGUUUGGGAGGAAAUCUGGGCCCGGACGUAGUCGCCUAUGAUGGGUUAGCCGCUCGCUGUGGUGAGCGGGAUGGAGAAAAAUCAGCGAAGAUGUGGUUCUAAAAGGUCCGUUAGCCAGCCCUGUCUUCCUUUUUUCCUCUAUUUGCCCUCCAGCUCUGGAUUCCAAGGCCAGCAACCUGUCAACUCUCUCCAAGAAAUACCGCCAUGACGCCAAACUCCUCAACAGCCGUUCUGCCUACGCCAAAGCUGCCGCUACCAGUCUUGUCUUUGUGAUACUUAUGAUCUACAUACGCUUCUGGUGGCUGGUGUGA